AUGGUUGUGGGUGUAUGUGAACGCGUCUGGUUGGAUGGCCGCCUGCGUCCCCUCCACCCUUUUGUUACCUCCCGGGCCCAGGCCGCUCCAGGGCCAUCGCUAACCACCGCUUUCCUGCCCACAGGUAAGCCCCUGCUCUGGAGCCCCUUCUUGCAGAGGCCGCUGCAUAAAAGGAAAGGCGGCCAGGUGAGGUUCUCCAAUGACCAGACCAUUGAGCUGGAGAAGAAGUUCGAGACCCAGAAAUACCUCUCCCCGCCCGAAAGGAAGCGACUGGCCAAGAUGCUGCAGCUUAGUGAGAGACAGGUCAAAACCUGGUUUCAGAAUCGACGCGCUAAAUGGAGAAGACUAAAGCAGGAGAACCCUCAAAACAAUAAAAAAGAACUGGAAAACUUGGACAAUCCCUGUGACCAGAGGCAAGACUUGCCCAGUGAACAGAAUAAAGGUGCUUCUUUGGAUAGCUCUCAAUGUUCGCCCUCCCCUGCCUCCCAGGAAGACCUUGAAUCAGAGAUUUCAGAGGAUUCUGAUCAGGAAGUGGACAUUGAGGGCGAUAAAGGCUAUUUUAACGCUGGAUGAUAAUCACUCGCGUUGGCGUGUUCAGAAGACUGGACUUGAAUAACACUUGCUACAGAAAAUCUUCAUAGAAUAACUGGAAAGCUAUGUGAGAAAGGGAAUCAAUUUUCUGGUAUUCUGGAAACCUAAAAUAUCUGGUGCACUGGCUAACAAAAUCACGCUGAAACCUUAACUUUGACUUAACGAAUGGUUUAUGUACUAAUUUUAGGUUAUUUUGAUAAAGUGACUUCAGUGAUUAAAGUCACCCCCUUUGAAAAAAAGGGAAUUGUUAUUCUAUUUAUGAAAAGUAAUUUUGAACUUUUUUGUUAAAUUUUAAAGGUGUAACUAUACAGGUUUUAAUAGGGUCAUCUUGAAUGACUUUCUGUAAUCUGUAUCUACAUCCUCUUAAUGGAAAGGCAAAGGGGCACCCCAAUUCCAGAGGUGUGCCUUGGAAAAAGGGACCCACAUUUCAGGCAGUCUUGGUUUGGUUUAAAAGGAAACAUUCUUUACUUUUCUAUGGCAUUCUUAUACGGCUGCCUUAAAUGCAAAACCAUUUCAGAGCUUUUGCCUCGGGGAUGUGUUUUCUUUUUGUAGUUGAUAAGAAUCUUAAAUACUUGUUUUGCACUAUCUCUUAGUACCUGUUUGACCAAGGUGUUAAGGGCAUAGUACAGUCCAAUUCAAGCAGAGAAACUGACUUGUCCGUGAUUAAAAUUAAUCACAGAUGACUAGAAGUCGCAGGUUAAAUGUAAGUAGAAUGUAGAUAUGUUUUAUAUCAAACAAUGUUUAUAACGCGUGUAUAUAAAUUGUUCACUGUAAAAAACAUGGUAAAAAAUGGUUUUUUAAAAAUGAGGAACUUGUCUAUAAAAUAAAUCCGUCCUUGGGACUACCGACCGCGUCGAACGUCUCAUUGCUUGAUUGAAAA